CUCUUAGCUUCAGUCUUGAGCAAGGAGUCGAGUGAAGAUGAUACUUGUCCUCUUGUGUCUAUUGCCUUUGUUCGGUGGUUCUAAUUUGGUGGUCGCACCUGGCUACUCUUCCCCGGGAAUUUUCCUGGUGGCCACUGCAGGACUCGGUGCUCUGCCCAGCGGAUUCGCUGCCGGUCCCAGAUACGUUCCCAAAUGGAAGAAGCAGGCCUGCGAGAUCCCGGCUGCCCAGCAUCCUGGUUCCCAUUACGUCUGCGAUGAAGCGGGUGAAGUUAAAUGUCUUCCAGGAUGGACCGGGGACCUAUGCGAUGUUCCGCUCUGUCGAAAGGGCUGCGAUCCGCUUCAGGGCUACUGCCGAAGACCUGGAGAGUGUCGAUGCAAGCUGGGCUUCUAUGGAGAAUUAUGCGACAAGUGUGUCGCUCUUCCGGGUUGCCAGCACGGUAGGUGCAACGUAAGCUUCGAAUGCGCUUGUGACCCAGGCUGGAAAGGAUUAUUCUGCUCGGAGCCGAUCUGCGACGCAGAUUGUCAUCCUAGCCAAGGAUACUGCGAGAAGCCCGGAGAAUGCAGAUGCAGGCUCGGAUGGCAGGGCCACAAGUGCAAGCAAUGCUCAGUUUUGCCAGGUUGCGUCCACGGAACCUGCCAAGGACCUCUCGAGUGUCGUUGCAAGCCCGGCUGGACCGGAAUCGUUUGCCAGACCCCGAUCUGCGCUCCGGGAUGCAGCAGAGAAAAUGGAGGAUGUCGCAGGCCCGGGACCUGCAGAUGUCGCGUCGGGUGGACUGGACAGAACUGCACUGAGUGCGUUCCCUACCCUGGGUGUGUUAAUGGCGGCUGCAAGAGACCUUGGGAGUGCAGGUGCCAGCCAGGGUGGACUGGAGACCUUUGUGAUGAGAAACUUACGUUCUGCGAUGAUCAUCCUGAUAUUUGUCAGAAUAAUGCGACUUGCGUUAGUAUGACCAAGGAAGAUGGUAAUUUUAGAUGCAUCUGCCCAAUAGGAUUCACUGGCCGAAAGUGCCAAAUUCAAACCGUGGAACCAGCGGCCGAUCUAAUGCCCCCGAUUCCCGAAACGGCAACGAUGCCGAUGAAUUCUACAGAAAUUCCACCCGAACUUUCAACGACUGCCUCCAAAAAUCAAACCACAGUGUCUAUGGUGAAUUCCCACCAAGGACACUGGGAUGACGAGGUCACUGAGAAAGUCCAAGGGACCACUAUUGAGCCGCUUGGUCCAAUAAUGGUCACAGAUCCUUCGACCGUCGAACCGGCAGCGACUGCUGGUAAAUGGCCUAUUGAACUCGAUGAUGAUUCAAUUAUCGACAGCGAUAUUGAUAAUGAAGCUUAAUAGUUAUUUCAACAAACAAUUUAUU